GCAGACUAUGUCUACGACGUCAUGUGGUCACCAGUGCAUCCCGCACUCUUUGCCUGUGUGGAUGGGAUGGGGCGUUUGGAUCUAUGGAACCUGAACAAUGACACAGAGGUUCCGACUGCAAGCACGACCAUUGAGGGAGCGUCUGCACUGAAUCGUGUUCGCUUCGCUCAGAGUGGCAGAGAAGUGGCAGUGGGUGAUUCAGAGGGCCGCAUUUGGAUCUAUGAUGUUGGAGAGUUUGCUGUACCGCAUAGUGACGAGUGGAGCCGCUUUGCCCGCACGCUCAUGGAGAUUCGUGCUAACAGAGGAGAUGGGGAGGAAGAAGCAGUAGAACUGUCAACUUGAUAGAUGAAUGUCUGUCUUACAAAACAUCAUAUUUGCAUAUACAAGUAGCAUCAUUAUCCUUUGACUUUAUAAAGUGACAGUCCUGCUUAUGCAGCAGCUUUUAGUUAAAGCAGUAAACAGCUGUGAUGAAAUUUACUGUGCUCUUUUUCUGGAAUGACUUGUAGUUUAACAUUCCAUUUUUCUGCCUAAAGAUAUCUCUGAGAGAAUAAUGAUUAUAACAAAAAAAACUAUGAAUUAAAAAAAAUUAAAUCAAUGGGCUAUGGUUUAACACAAAAUACAAAAUAUUUAGUUUUUUGUUUUCUCAUUUAGUCAAUUUAAAGGGACACUGAACCCAUUUUUUUUCUUUCAUGAUUCAGAUAGUAUAGGCAAUUUUAAGCAACUUUCUAAUUUACUCCUAUUAUCCAUUUUUCGUUCUCUUGCUAUCUUUAUUUGAAAAAGAAGGCAUCUAAGCUAAGAAGCCAGCACAUUUUGGUUCAGAACCUUGGCCAGCACUUGUUUAUUGGUGCUGUCCAAUCAGCAAAGAGCAACCCAGAUUGUUCACCAUAAAUGGGCAGGCAUCUAAACUUACAUUCUUGCUUUUCAAAUAAACAUACCAAGAGAAUGAAGAAAGUUUGGAAAUAGGAGUAAAUUAGAAAGUUGCUUAAAAUUGCAUGCUCUAUCUGAAUUACGAAAGAAAAAAUUUGGGUUCAGUGUCCCUUUAAGGCUUAUACACUAUGGACCUUUAAUGGCCGUUUUCUCCGUAAUUACAAAUAUGGUACAAACUACUACUGAAGCAUUUUCUUUGCAUUUAAUAUCAUGACAUACAAUUUACAAUACUUUUGAAAUUAGUAUUUUGAAGCAUUACUAAUGACCAAUGUUACUGAAGAAUUAUUAAUGGGUAAACUACAAAUAAAUGCAUCUUUGUGAUAACGGAAAUAAGGGAAAAGAAAGACAAAAAAAGAAUCAAUGGCUAUGUGCUAGGUAAUGCAGCUUCUGUUGUAGGGGUGUGCUGUCAUCUUGAUCAAACGUUUUGAUUUACAAAUAAUCAGACUGUAUGCUUUUCAUGCCAUUAAUCAAUAAAUAUGGAUCUUUGUUGUGUUA